AUGACAAUAAACCACAUCUACAUCCGCGUCACGGCUUGCCGUUUCGCCGCCGUUCGAAGCUUCUAUGUACAAGCACUGAGACCUCUGGGCUACCGAGAGCUGAUCACGAUCGAUCCUGAGGGUUAUGUUGGCAUCGGGUCCAAUUAUCCUUACUUGUUCUUGAGAGCGUUGCCCAGAGACCAGCCAAACGUUCCGACACACAUUGCCUUCGACGCCCAUAGGAACGCGGACGUUGACGCUUUCCAUAAAGCAGGGCUCUCAUGUGGAGGACAGGAUAACGGCUCGCCGAAAGUGCAUGCUGAGAUGAGUGUUCAGCCUUACUACUCUGGCUUUCUGCUUGAUCCGGAUGGAAACAACGUGGAAGCCGUCUGUGUGCCAAUCGCCGGCAGCAGGUACAACCUCAAAUGA